AUGAGAGUGCCCCAAGUGUUGCAAUGGAGCUGUAUGGCGGUUGCUUGUGCUGCACACAUUACGCAGGAGACACCAUUGUCGUUGGCUGAACUAGGACUUACGGAAACAACCCCGAUUACCUUGUCCAAUAAUCACAAACUUCAUGGCAGAUUUCUUCACAUAACAGAUAUGCAUCCAGAUCCGUACUAUGAGGAAGGGGCGUUCCAGCUGGAGCUCUGCCACGUAGGAAAGGACAAAGACGCAAAAAAAGGAGAUGCUGGAAAAUACGGCGAUGCGGUUUCUGGUUGUGACAGUCCGAUGAUUCUCAUGAACGAAACUUUAGCAUGGAUUUCAAAACAUCUUCGAGACAAAAUCGACUUUGUGGUCUGGACGGGAGACAACAUUCGUCACGACAACGAUAGACGGUACCCUCGUACAGAGACACAUAUAUUUGAUAUGAAUCAAUUGGUCAGUGAUUAUGUCGUUGAUACCUUUCGGUCCGACAACAACUAUGGUUCUCCAUUGGGAAUUCCCGUGGUGCCCUCGUUGGGAAAUAAUGAUGUGUAUCCUCACAAUUUGUUUGCCAAGGGUCCUACGUUGCAAACACGAGAAAUGUUCAAAAUUUGGCAACCUUUCAUUCCGCCAGAACAACUCCAUGUUUUCAGCCGGGGUGCAUAUUUCUUCAAGGAAGUGAUUCCUAACAAAUUGGCAGUUUUGUCGAUCAACACCUUGUACCUCUUCCAGUCCAAUCCAUUGGUGGACAACUGUGAUCGUAAGAAAGAGCCAGGUUACAUGCUCUUUAAAUGGCUUGGGUAUGUUCUCAAAGAAAUGCGAGCUCGCAAAAUGAAAGUAUGGCUUUCCGGCCAUGUUCCUCCCAACGAGAAAAACUAUGAUAUCUCGUGCCUUCGAAAGUACAUUAUGUGGACCCACGAGUACAGAGAUGUCAUUGUUGGAGGACUUUAUGGCCAUAUGAACAUUGACCAUUUUAUACCUUUGGAUGCAAAAGCAGCAUACAAGUCUCUCGAUGCAAAGUACGGCGGUGUACAAGUUCCUUUUGCAGAUGAAGAGGUCUCUUUUGAAGACGACUCUUUAGAAGGUUCAUACCGAAGAUUAGGGUACUCCAUUUGGGACGACUCAAUUGAUGGAAAUUUCGACCAACUUCCAAAAUUUUCAUCGUUCAAUGACGUUCGAAUUGCCGGUGGAAUUCCCAACAACAAGGUCAGAUACAUGGAAACGAUUCGUGAUGAAGUAUAUCGUGACAUUUCCAGGAGAAAGAAACAGGGUGAAUUCUCAGAACGGUACGCUGUCGCUCACGUAACCGCCAGUAUUGUACCUACAUUCAACCCAGGAAUUAGGGUUUGGGAAUACAACACCACAGGGUUGGACACCAAAAGUGACAUUGAAUAUGCUCCCUGGGACGAGUUUUUCUCGGGACUUGAACAAUUGUUGCAAAAUAAUGAAAAUCAUGACGAUAACGAUUUGCAUACAUUAAAGCGCGAUAAGACAUUCCCGCCUAAAAUGCCCAAAGAUCUCCCAUUGGGCCCGGCUUAUGUGCCUCAAGCAUUCACGCCUACGAGGUAUGUUCAAUACUACGCCGAUUUGAAAGCUAUAAAUAAGGGAGAUAAAAAAUUCGGCUACGAAAUUGAGUACACUACCGACGAUAAAGACCACCAAAUGUCACCACUCACGGUUGACCAAUGGAUGAAAUACGGUCGCAAACUUGCAAAAGCAGGCAAGAAGAAGGCUAGCAACAAAGAAAAGAGAAUGUGGAAUGCAUUCCUUCACCAGGCAUUCGUCAGUAGUGGGUAUGAAGACAUGGGCUUGGGCUGA